ACAGCGCUGUGGACUCGAUCAGAUGGGGAGGUACAAAGAGGAGGGCGGACAGAAAAAAAGUUCAUACUUAAAACAAAGACCACAGCCAACGUGAGCAUUUCUGCGUUACUGCUCCAUCCCAACGGCAUAGGCAUUUGAUGUUGCAUGGGGCAUAAUCAGUUCCACUGACAACUCUGGAUAGUGGAGAGAAGAAGCAGCAGCAGGAACCCGACAUACCAACAUACCACCACUAAAUAGAUAAGGCUUUAUUUAAGAGGAAACCUUUAAAGACACGCGCUCUUUCAACCUGACAGAAGGUAGGCAGGGAGGGGGGGAAAGUAACCCUGUUUCAAGAGGCCAGUGGCGAGUUGAAGGGAAAAAAGAGACCAUUAAAAAGGACUUAGUUGAAGCGUAAGGUUGGUGAAUGUGGGUCGAGGACUGACUGGACGGAAGUGGUCUUGAGGAGACGUGAGGAAAGCGGCAACAAUCUGGAGAGCGAACAGCGAGAGGCGUACCGGGCCCCACAGCGCAAUUUCACCAUGAGUAUGACUGGUACUCUAGAGAAGGGGGCCCACCACCAGGCCUUGGACCUUUCCGAGGAACUGCCGCCGCAUCACCACCAUCACCACGGCAACCACCACCAGCAUUUCCACCACUCCAACUCACUGGCCUCCACCGCCGCUGUGGGCGGAGGCAGAGAGACGCCUUCACGCGUCGUCGUACCCCCUCCUUACUCCGCAGCCGAGAGCGGCGGCGGGGGCAGUGAAGCGCCCCUGGAGCUGCGGGGGUCCCUGGACUGCUGGGCCUGCUCCGUGCUGGUGACGGCCCAGAACCUGAUUAUCGCCACGAUCAACGCCUGCCUCGCUGGGCUGGUGUUCGGGACCAUCCUGACGCCGGCCAUCGUCAUGGUCGUGUUUGGCUUCCUGUGCCACUCUACAGUCCGCCCUCACGGGACGACCCCCUACUGCUCGGACCUGCUGACCGACGGAGGCUGCGUGGCUCUGCUGGUGGUGGGCUUUCUCUUGGUCACCCCUCUGCUGGUGCUGGCGCUGGCCGCGUACUGCCGCCUGGCCCGACACCUCCAGCUGGGCCUGUGCUUCAUCCCGUACAGCCGGGCCGUGUACAAGAACCUGCCAGCCACCCGACACCGUGGCACGGGCACUGGCUGCUGUGGCGGCCGAGAUGGAGCCGACGGUAGUGGAAAGGGAAAGGUCUGGGUGUGAAAUGAAGAUGGAAGGAAGGGGAGAGGGGAGGGGGUGAGGAAGACCAUCAGAUGAAGAAUAUGAAGGGAACUGAAGAAGAGAACCGGGUGGGGGUUGUGUGUGAUGAUUGGCAAUGGAUGCAAGGAACAGGAAAACAGCCAGAAGAGGGAGGAAGUUGUACACGGCAAUGACUGUAACAACUAGCGGAACAUCCGGGAAGACGAGCUAUUGUUACCAACACUGACUAAAGGCCUACACCCCAUGUCUUAACUUCAGAGCAACAUUUCUGAUUGUUCUGGGGGGGGGAUACAUGAUGUACUCAGGUAUUUGUCAGUAUUUGUUGGUAUAAUUACAAAUAAAUACAAAAUAAAUAAUAAUUACGAUGGUA